AUGCUGUGCAGCAACAACACACAGUACAUGAAACAUCUUGCCUUCUUCACUGCAAAACGUGGAUGGAAUGUAGUUGUUAGUAACCACCGAGGAUUGGGUGGAGUCUCAGUUACUUCUGAUUGCUUUUAUAAUGCUGGAUGGACAGAGGAUGUACGGGAAGUUGUUGACCAUCUCCAUCUUGAAUACCCAAAAGCUCCAAUUUUUGCCAUCGGAACAAGCAUUGGUGCUAACAUUCUGGUAAAAUUCCUUGGAGAGGAUGGGGAAAAUGUUCCCAUUGCUGGGGCUGCAGCAAUCUGCUCUCCUUGGGACCUUUUGGUUAGUUCAUUGAUUUAUAAUUAA